AUGAACUGCUACCUUAGAGGUUUCUCCACUAAUAGAUCGUGCGCGCCCUACUCCACACCAGUUACCAUAGAAUUUUGGCGGCCUACUCCACAGCUUGCUGCUACCGUCUUUGCUUCCCAUUCUGCACGCAUCUUUUCGCCAUAUAUCUCGCGCCAUAACAGCCACCAGAAAUUGUUGCCGCCACCGUUGCUUCGAGGUUUGUGGUUGUCUUCCUCGUCUUGUUGCCGCCACGGUUGCUGCGAGGUUUGUGGGUGUUGCCGUCUCUUUGUGAUUAUUGGCGCCGUACUCCGUCUUGUUGUCAAACUCAUCUCGUGGUUGUUGCUGUCAUCUCUAAUUUGCCGCUUCAGAGUGGUAUUGCGAGGCCAUGAGCACAAAGGUGAUUGUGAUAGAGAGAAACAAUACAGGUUUAUGGAGAUAGUGAAGUCUUUUGGAUUUUGAUGAGCAAGCUAUUGGGGAAUUUAGCUGUCAUCUUUUUGUAUCGUACUUACUCUUUCAUUAUUAUAUGUGUAGGUUAUACACUUAUAUGUAUGUUUAUUUUAGCCUAUUUUGUUUGGAAACCUUAAAAGAUGAACUUUGUCAUGUUUUAAUUGUAUUUCCUUCUAGUAAAUAUUAUUACAUAAUCAAGAUACUUGGGAACU